AGAUAUAUAUCAGCUUCAUAACGACAAAAGCCUUCUUUUUGUAAAGGGAAACUGUCCAAUUCAAAAACCAACUACUAAACUGCAGCCUGUUUUAGCCGAUUAGACGCAAUGACUACCGUCGCUUCCACCGCCAACGAGACCUCAGCCUGGAAGUUACGGCUUCGAGGUGCUCAGUCUAAGGCUAAGGCUAAGGUUCAAGAAUCUCAAGGCAGCAUCAACAUUACGGCAUACUUGGCCAACCCUGAGUCCUUUGGCGUUGACCAUCAGAGUCUUCACAGUGCUGAAGAUGGUGUUGAGAAACUGAAACAGUACGCGGGAAAGCUAAAGGAACGUUUGGCAUUACUCCGUGCAAACCCUACCUCUGAUGACAAGUUUGAACCCAUCACCAGGGCCCUCAUUGAGGAUCAUCAAAACCUAAGUGACGAUCUCAAGGCCGUCACAGAUAAGCUUCAGGACGACAAAGUGGACAAGCGAACGGCCAUGGAGACGAUGAGAGAAGCUCGCCAGCGAGCAAAGAAGCAGUCUAUCAAUAGUAUCGAUAGGUCAUAUGAUGACGCUGUUGAAAUCACUGAUCAUCAACCAGAAGAUCAACAAGAAACGGUAGCUGAUGUGUGGGUACUCAUCUACGAUCAGUUUCUAAGAUUCACUGAUAAAAUUUUCAAUCUUUUCUUGGACAUGCAUAACGCUAUUUCGCAGUGGCUUGAAGAUGUCUGGGAAAAGGUCAAAGAGGUGUGGAACACGAUGAAGGGGGUUUUCGUGGAGAUAUGGCAAUGGUUCAAUAACUUAUCUGGUUAAGGUAUAGUAGAGAUUGCUAUUCACAAUAUCGCCUGGUCACCCGGAGUGGGAUCGCUAGCUAAAGGUAUAAGGUGACUCUUAGCUCCAUCUGUUUAUUCUCUAUUGGGUAGAGAGUUCCCGUAGUAUAGCAAUCAGAAUAUAGUUACACAUG